AUGGAGCCCACAACACGAGCAGCAGAACAGGAACGGAUACCGUUGGGCAAGCUGCGCGCCAACAUCGCAGCCGCCAAGAAGAUGUUUGAGGCGGCGAAGAGGUGGCUCGAAGAGAAGCACAAUUUCACUGUCGUUGUCGGCUGGAUCUCGCCCUCGCACGACCACUACGUCACCGGCAAGAUGGUGAACGUGCGGUCGUACCCGAUCAGCGGACACCACCGGGUGGAGAUGUGCCGCGUCAUGGCCGACAAGUCGGACUGGAUCGAAGUCUCAUCCUACGAAGCCCGGGCCAUGGGCUUCAUCAAUUUCCCCUCUGUGGCGCGAUACCACGCCGAGUAUGUGGCGGAGCACGUGCAGGAGAAGGUGAGGGUCAUGUACCUGGGCGGGGCAGACCUGAUUGAGAAGUGCGGCCUCCUCUUUGGCAUCUCUGCGGGGAGCAAGACGAUACCAGUGGUGGCGGUGGGUCGGCCGGGCUACACGACGCCGCUGAAGGAGAUGGUGGCGGCUUCGGUGCGACGGCGCGCCAAGCAGGGCAUGACCCAGGACAUCUCGCACCUGCUCUACAUCGUGCUCACCGAGACGCUCAACUUCUCCUCGACCAAGGUGCGGGAGCUGCUGGAGCGCGGUGAGUCGGUGGCGGAGCUGUGCGGCGAGGAGGUCGAGGCCUACCUCCAGCACCACGACCUCCACAAGGCCUUCCUCAAGUGA